AUGAUUGAGCCAUCCCUUAAGAUGCUAGCCUCGCGCUACAACUGCGACAAGAUGAUCUGUCGUAAAUGCUAUGCGCGGCUCCCUCCACGUGCCACAAAUUGCCGGAAGCGCAAGUGUGGACACACCAACCAGCUCCGCCCCAAGAAGAAGUGCGUCUGCGAGCAAACCCUAUCAGAUCCCCUGAUCACUAACUCAAGUGAUUUACAGGCUGAAGUAAAUAAUUCUCGACGAUUGCUCAGGUUAUGGGGUUGGGAUUAUGCACGUGGUUUAUCCUUUGGGACGCGAAAAAUUUGCCAUGGAAGGAAGGGCACCGGCGUUCGAUCUGAGAAAAUAGAUGAAAGCACGAUGAGAACUAGGGUCCUAGUAGGACAAAAUGCAAUUCCCGCCCGAGUCUCACGAACCCCCGGGCCUUUCUAG